CCCACCACCAAGACCAACAGAGAAGUGGCAGGUCGUCCCUCCACCGCCCGCCCCCUGAGGUGUGGGCGUGGGCUGGGCCUCCAGGCAGCCAGAGGCCCUGAGAGAAGCAGAGAAGCGCUCAGAUCUACACGGUCCUGCUGAGAGCCUUAGGUGGCCCCUGCCAGUCUGGCAGGCACCCCUGGCCCCUCUGCCCAGCACCACCGACGUCUGAUGCCCUGCGAUGCCCACGCCCAACACCUCUGUGCCCCCGCCUGCUUUCUGGGUCAACACCUCUGGAGGCAGUGUGCUGAGUGCUGAUGAAGCUAUGAUGCCUGUUGGAUUACUAGCCCUGAAGGUCGCCCUGGCCUAUGGGCUCGUGGGGGCCAUCGGCUUGCUGGGAAAUUUGGCCGUGCUCUGGGUUCUGGGUAACUGCGCUCGGCGAGCCCCCUGCCCACCUUCUGACACUUUUGUCUUUAAACUAGCUUUGGCAGACCUGGGGCUGGCACUCACUCUCCCCUUCUAGGCAGCCGAGUUGGCACUGGACUUCCACUGGCCCUUUGGAGGUGCCCUCUGCAAGAUGGUCCUGACAGCCACCGUCCUCAACAUCUACGCCAGCAUCUUCCUCAUCACAGCACUGAGUGUUGCCCAAUACUGGGUGGUGGCCAUGGCUGCAGGACCCGGCACCCGCCUCUCGCUCUUCUGGGCCCGUGUGGCCACGCUGGCCGUGUGGGUGGCAGCUGCCCUGGUGACAGUGCCCACGGCUGUCUUUGGGGCCAAGGGCGAGGUGACUGGCAUGCGUCUGUGCCUGCUGCGCUUCCCCAGCAGGUAUUGGCUAGGGGCCUACCAGCUGCAGAGGGUGGUCCGGGCCUUUAUGUUGCCACUGGGCAUCAUCACCACCAGCUACCUGCUGUUGCUGGUCUUCCUGCGGUGGCGGCAACGGCAGGACAGCAGGGUCGUGGCCCGCUCCAUCCGCAUCCUUCUGGCCUCCUUCUUCCUCUGCUGGUUCCCCAAUCACGUGGUCCCUCUUUGGGGUGUCCUGGUGAAGUCUGACCUGGUGCCCUGGGACAGCACUUUCUACACCAUCCAUACCUAUGUCUUCCUCAUCACCACCUGCCUGGCACACAGCAACAGCUGCCUCAACCCCAUGCCGUACUGCUUCCUAAGGCGGGAGCCCCGGCGGGCCCUGGCAGACACCUUCAGGGAUCUGUGAGCAAGGCUGUGGCCCCAGGGCCGGGGCUGGGUAGAACAGGUGGCCCUAAAGGAGGUGGGCAGGCGGUGGAUGGAGAGCACCCCUUGGGAGGGUGGCCCUUCUACCAGGCUUACCAACCUGGACAAAGGGACACCUGGGUGA